AUGGCCAUCGGGGGCGCCUUGCUGCGCAUCUCGCAGACACUUAUCCGCGCACUGCAACUAUGUUGUGCUAUCGUCGCCUGUGGUGUCUUCGCAUACUUCCUCGCAAUCCUCGCCCAACGCGAUCUUCCUGUCGCUACCUAUGUCCGAGCUGUUACUGGCAUGUCUGGAGCUGCCAUCAUCUACACCGCAUUCGCUGUUCUCUUGACACUCUGCUUCGCUGGAGUGGCAUUCCUUGGCUAUCUCGCCAUCUUCCUUGACAUCUGCUUUAUUGGCUGUUUUGCCGCCAUCGCAUAUUUCAGCAGAGGAGGAGCGAGAGGCUGUUCCGCUAAUGUCGACACGCCCUUGGGCAAUGGCCCCUCGGAUUCCGGAGCUUCACCCAGACUCGGCACUGCAUGCAGACUCAACACUGCAGUUUUCGCCGUCUCGAUCUUUGCUAUACUCCUCUUCAUCCUGUCUGCCAUCCUACAGUUCCUGAUGAUCCGCAACCACAAGAAAGAAAAGCGCUACGGCCCUUCCCCAUCCAACAACUACACCUCUGGCCCCGGCAAGACGCCAUUCUGGAAGCGUAACCGCAACAAGCGUGCUACACGAGAUGCUGAGUUGGCAACUGCUCCAGGCACAACCGGUUACGGCAGACCAAGCCACGAGACAGGUUUCACCGAUACCACCAUGGUCGGUGGUGUUCCAGAGCCCAAGUAUGGUCAGCCUGGCUAUGGACAACCGCAUGGACAGACGGCACACGCAGCAUCGACCAACUAUUAUCAGGGUCAGAGCAACGCUGCGACCAAUUACUAG